AUGCAAGACAUAAGCCAAGGACGAAGCUCCCUACAAAAAAUUGGAUAUAAUAAGAAUCCACCAAACCAUUCUAGGUCUCCGUCACAAUCUAAACAGAGAGCUUCUAGAUCGUUGACUCCAAAUAAAUCCACAAAAGAUCUGAAAUCUGAAAUUUGAAGAUUUUCGGAGUCUGAAAAAAUGCAACAAGGGUCAAAAUUAAGCAAAGAAAUGCCAAUUGGAGAAAUUGCGAAAAAUUUACUGGAUUUAUAUGAGAAGGAUAGAGAAGAUUCGCCAUGUGAAAAUGCUGAUGAAAAAGAAAGGUUUCUUUAUAAAAAACUGAUUUCUUCGCUAAAUAACUUAUCUUCGCUAAAAUCAAAAAUAGCUGAACUUUUUGAAGCAGUACAAAAAAAUGAAACUUCUCAAUGCUGCCUUUUAUGUGGCUGCAAUUGCAAGCUUAAACUUAAAUGACGUUAAAGUCUUUCAAAUUAGAUAACCUGUUUUUGCCUGAGGCGUCCAGUUACCUGAACCCUGCCUCAGCAGCAGUCUACUCCCGGACUGAGAUUGCACUGAUAUAUAUAGUUUGCCUGCUAGAAAGACUUCUCCUUGAUUCUCGUCUUGUAAGGGUGUAUGAAGGCAAAGUUAGCCUGAUACCCCCUGUCAGUCACCUUGAAGGGAAGUGACGCCCAGAAAAAAAUGAGCAACGGCCUUCAGGAGCCGGCAGAAAGAAUCCGUGGAUCAAAAAACAUCCGGAUAAUUAAUAUUUGGGCUAGAAUGGCCGCCAGCUUACUCCCAAGAUUAUCUGCCCCGUAGGGCCGUUCAAGGCAAGCUAAGGGUUAGGAUUAAAGGGUCUAGACCUUGUUUAGGAUAUAAAGCCAUUUUACGCCUAAAGUAGUACAUCGUCGUUAAUGGUAUAUAUUUGUCGCCACCACCAUCAUAUUAAUUAUGCAGUUGCAAAGGAAAAUCUUAUGGAGACACUAAAUUACCAAGAAAAAAAUAUUAUGACCUUGACUUGACUUCAGGGGUGCCUAAAAUGUGUUUGAGCUGUAAAAACUACAGCCUCUUUCCCUCUCAAUCAAAAAAACGUAUUUGCAGCUAUUGUGAAAAUUCUGAUAAUAUAAGUUUAAGCCAAAAGCUUAACUCCUUAUCACUUUUCCUUGAAAUCUCAACUUUGAACGAAAGUGUAUAAUUUAUUUUUAAUUUUUUUACUAGCUUUGCAAGCUAAAAUAAUUUUUUUUCUGUAAACUACAUAUAUUUUUUAUUAGAGAGCUUAAAAUAUUUAUAAUAUACGAUUACUUAUUCAAAUAAUGCACUAAUCUAUAUCAACGUAUGCUAAAAAACUCAACUCAAAGAUAAUAAAAGUUGAAUCUAUAAACAAAUCAGCGCAGGUAUCACUAGAAACCCCUGCCACAAAUUUAAUUCAUUUAACAAUACCAUGAAAAAAGCGAGUAGACUCUUUAGGAGGCUCCCAGCAGCUUCAGCCAAGUCACAUGCAUCAUGGAAGUCAAAUUUUUAAUAAAAAUACUAAUUUUUCCAUCGAUAAUGAAGUCGACUCAUAUUUAGAAGCUGAAGAAUCAAGUAUCUCUAAAUUAAGCAGAAAUAGCUCAAAAUCAUCGAAUCUUCCAAUGACUCCAAAUUUCAAAGGCAAAGAAAGACCUGAAAACUUCAAGAAUUUCAUGUCUGCUGAUAAUGAAAUUUAUGUAAUAAUUCAAGAACAAAUAGGUAUGCUUAAUCAAGACCUUCAGAUACUAGACGUCAAAGGUAUAUGUGAGGAAAAUCAUAGAAAAUAUCUCGACUAUUUAACAAUGGUACUAAAUGAUGCAGCGAAAAAAAUCCCAAAAGAAUCAAAAAUGAUAGGUCUAAUAUUUGCUGGAAUGAUUAGUCUUUGUGAAUUAGUAAUAGCUUCAGAAGUUGAUAAAUUCAAAUAUUUUGAUGAUUUAAUUAAACAAUCACAGUUAAAACUUGAAGAAAAUUAUAUGCUUAAAACUAAGCUGUUACAAUUUCAACAGAAUGCACAAGAAGAUCAAGAGAAGUACGAAGAAAAGUUCGCUUACAUGAAAAAUCUUUUAAUAAAGUAUGAAGAAAUAUUGGGGAUGUAUAGAAGAGAAUUAGAAAAUUUUAAAAAUAAUUAA